ACAAAACGGCGCUGUGUUAUGACAUCAUCAACCUGCCCCUUCUGUCUCCAUGGCAGCCAGAGACGCCGAGCCGGAGAGAGAAGCAGAAUGUCAUCAAAAGUGACUUCAGCCACCUCCCAGAAGAAAGGGACAUCAUCGGCCACCUCCCAGAAGAAAGGAAAGCCGAGCAAGACAGAGAAACUAAGGCUACAAAAAGAGGAGGAAGAGCGGAAACAGAGGGAGGAAGAGGAAGCUUAUUUACUGGCAGAGCAGAUUGAGGCCGCUCGCCUGGAGAAAGAACGCCUGGAGAGGGAAGCGAUCGAGCGCCUAGAGGCAAAGCAACUGGAGCACCGUGAGGAGGAAUUGGGAGAAUAUCGUCUGCUGAUCGAUGAGAAGCUGGAGGAUGCAGCUCGCUGGAAGAAGGACCUGCGCACACGAGCUAAGUGGGAUCGCUACAUGCUCUGUGAUGGGAGUCCGGAUCCUUCUGUAUGCCAGGAGAUCAACACCUUCAUGAGCCUGUGGAGUGAAGAGACAAAAGAAGACUUCCAAUCAGUGCUGAACAAGAGCAAUCAGGUCCUCCGUUUGAUUGAAGAAUUGGAGUUCUUCCUUCAUGACACUCCCGCUGAGGAUCUGCCAGAGGGUGAUGCCGCACAGUACGCACAGACAGUCCAGCAGCUGCAGAAUCUAUUGCAACAAAAAUUUGAUGAAGCCACUGAGCAUCUCCUGAAGAAUGCAGCAGCUCUGUCUGACAUCGACACAGGAAACAUGCAGAAUGUCAUAGCAAAUAAAAAUGUCAAACUAUGCAUCUGGGCUAAUCUUAACAAGAACCCAAGAUUCAGAGGUUACAAAUUUGAAGAAGAAGGCAUCUCCUUUGACUUGCCGAAACCACUAGCACUAAGCAACAUCGCAGUCCGUAUCCUGCACACCAGCUAUGACCACCUGUCCUGCCAGAGUCCGACCUUCCAGCCACACAUUAGGGAGGCAGAGGAGAACAAGGCUGAAGAAACCUUGAGACCAGAGAGUGGGAUUGAGGAAUGGAAACCAACCGAAGAGGAGGAGGAGGAGAAACCGGAGCCAGGGAAUGUUGCUGCAAUGGAGGAUGAUGUGCAAUCUGAGGGGAGAAAGAGUACCCUCAGCUCCAUGUCACAGAGAGAGGACCCAGAGAAGGGAGCUGAGCCCCAGGAGAAUCACGGAGCUGAAGCUGACCAGACAACAGAGAGCCAGCCUGGGGACAUAACAGAAGGUCAACCACCAUCACCUGUACAGGACCAGCCGACCCCCAAUGACCUACUGGAAGAUGAUGUCGUCGAUUUGCGUCAGUUCCUGAGUUUGGGAGGAGUUUACUAUUUUGAUGUCCUGGUGCUGCCCCCCCAGUGUAAGCAAGUGAACGGCUGGAGCAUGGUGCAGUUGGUGGAAGGGGGUCUUCAGAAUCAGCCCUACCCUCAGGAGUCCUUACUUAGCACCAGCCUGGGGCUGUCACUUCAAGAGAAGGACCUGGAGGGGCUCAGCUCUCCCCCAGUUGGCGUCUCUAUUAAAGUCCCAAAUGACGUGAUCUUCUUUGAAGAGCCUCAAGUGGCAAGAUGGGAUCCAGAAAGUAAAAACUGGAAAACAGAUGUGAUCAUGAGCAGAAGCUACAACAUGGAGCAGAGGCUGCUGUCCUUCAAGAUGGAUGCCUUCCAUACAUUCACACUAUUCCAGGAAGCUUACCUUAAUAUGCCUUACGAGUCAUGGGAGCUGAAGCCUAACGGCAUGAAUGAAGUGUCACUAACGGUCACCUCUGCUUUCACUGAUAUCCACCUUGAAAUCAAGGAUGAUCAAUGCAGACUGGCCGCGGUGUCCAGCACUGAUGGCGAUCUCUCUGCUCUGCUCGGGAAGUGGAUGAGCCCCCUGUCUCUGAGAGAUGCCAUGAAGAGAGUCGGACUGAACUUCUUUCCUGCUGAAGACUCCCCCAAAUAUGUCAGUGUGAAUAAAAAGAGUGAACAAGUAGAGAAAAUGGCAUACAAGGAAAUGGCACUUCUGUCACCAUCCUUCGCAUUGGGCUGGAGUAAAUGGAACCUUAACUGCAGUCAUGAACAGAUCGUAGUCAAGGUGAGGGAAUGCCGGGACUCUUCCAACGACGAUGACUGGUCCCUUUACCUAUUGAGCCCUCUGAGGACUCAACGUCUAAAGAUCUCCGAAUCAGAUGACACAUUCUCAGAUGAUCUUUACGAUGGCAGCGAGUUCCACUCCACGCUCUAUCACAUGAUCAAAGAUUACUCCAGCCCUGAUGCCAUCGACAGACUGAAGCACUCCCAUCACUUGUUUGUGGACUGCGUCCACCAGCUGCUGAGCAUGACCAAAGUGCUGACAUAUUCAUAAACAUGAUGUUACUUUAUUAACACAAUAAAUAUCAGGCAGUAAAAACA